AUGGUCUGCAGCGUCACGCCGGAGCAGGAGCUUCACAUCAUCAAGACGAUAUUGACGCUUCGCUCACUCGGUGACGCGGAGGCAAGCGAGCGGCUGCGCGGCAAAGUCCGCCGCUGCCUGCUGGACGCCGCCGACGACGAUGCCGCAGUCGCGACGGCUGAGCAACUGCUGCGGCGCUACACAAAACUGGUGAAGAAACUCGACGGCACGUACGAGAAGGAGCGCGAGUUGAAGCGGCGCCGCAGCGAGCAGGGAGCGUUGCGGGCCUCGCGCUACGUCGACGACCAGGCAGAGAGUGGCGACGAGGACGAGGACGCCGAUGAGGAUGAGGUGGGGGAGGAGGAGGAGAAAGACGAGAGGGAGGACGGCAAAAAGGCGUAG